CAAAAUAGAUUUAUACUUAUCUGAUUAUUAAAUUAUACUUCUUCAGAAUUUAAAAAAUCAAGGACUAAAUAAAAGAGAACGAUGCGAAUUCUAACAAUCACUUUCUUCUUUACUGUUUGUCUCAUUUAUCAGUAUGAAGCAGUUGAUUGCGGAAAAGGAGAGUUUAAUCAGUCUGUCACUUCCCCCAGUAACUACAUUUUGGUUUCAAUGAUCACUCAACCAUAUUAAUGAUUUCCUUUUCACUGAAUAAUGUACAGUGCAAUGUUGGAGACACAUUUCUACACUCAACUUACUGUUGUAAGGAUUUUUCUGGUAAUCCGGCAUGCUGUCAAGAAUUUCGUUGGUGGCCAUUGACAGUGACGUUAUGUGCUAUCGCUGUAGCUGCUAUCCUCCUAUUCAUUUGUUUAUGCUGUUGUGGAUGUUGCAGUUGCCUAUCUAAUUGUUUGUCUGCUUGCUGCAAAAACUAAGCAGUGUUUCUUUUUAAAUUAACAGUAACUUCUUCUCCUUCAGCAUAUCAUUUUCAUACCUUUUAUACUGAACAGAUUAUUAAUUCCAUUCAUCCGUUCGUUCAUUCAUUCAUACAUUCAUUGAAGUCGAGCGGAUUGGAAUGCAAUGGAACAGAGUCUAUACGAUCUAGGUGUUGAUUUAAUCACAUUUAUUUAUACACAUAUCUUCAUGGGCAAGCGUAGUCAUUUUCAAAGAUUAAUAUAUUGCCGGUCAAUUCUUAAAUGAGAAAUUUAAUGUAUUCUUUUCAAAUACUAUAUAUAUAUAUACUGCUAAUUGAUCAGUCGAGGAAAAUGCUACAUUUAUAUUCUAACUACUCAUAAGUACCUCAACUUUUAUAUACAAUUAUUUUUGCACUAAUUAAUGUAGAUAUAUCUAUACAUAAUAUAAUUUUGCUUGUAACAAUAAACAUUGUCGAAUAAAUAUUGAACUGGAC